CGUUUAACACGAAACCCUGCCUCUGCCUUUCUUUUUUUUCCCUUCUUCUUCUUCUUCUUUCCUCUUCUAGCCCAUUCCUUGCCUUUCCCAGACUCGGGAAAUGUGUUCGCACUUACUCACCGGUUCCUGUCCGGGGAGGCGGGUUUCCAUCGGCGGGGAAGGGCGUUCUUUCUGCGCUCGGAGGCACGGCGUAGUCGCGUAAGGGGGUGGAUCCUCCGGAGGAAAGGAAAGCCCACCUUUUUCAUUGUUAGGGAGUCGGUGGAAUGUGAUGGUUUGAUCCCGCAGAGCUGGGAGGGGAAAACGGGGCAGAGACGAACGAGAGGGGGGGACGAAAACCUUCUACCACUGAGGACGAAUCUCGGAUCUGGAAAAACGGGGGUUGUUUUUUCCCCCGGUGAAGCCAUCCGCCUCGCUCUCUCUAUGUUGAUCUAAGGACGGCGACCGAAUGCGCUUCGGGGAAAUAUCGCUUUUCCAUAUGGCAAGGUCCUUGAAAGGCGCUCUCUAGAAGGAGAGAGUGGGAGAUUUUCUGAGAAAGGAGAACUCGUCCCAAUCUGACGUUCAGCAAGAUAUCAGAGAGGAUGAAGAUCUGGGAAACGAUGGACUGCCAUCUUGGCUGACGCCCCUGAGCAGAAAUGACCAAGGUGGAGGAGACUGUGAAGAUCCAGCCAUUGAAAAUCCACCUGUGGAGGGACUAAGGGCGGCAGGGGAGGGACUAAGAGUGGUGGGGGAGGGACUAAGGGCAUCGGGGGUGGGCCUUAGAACCUUGGCUCACUCUUAGGACCCCAUUCUUUCCAGAGAGCAGCACAUCGAACUGUUUUAAACAACAACAACAAAAAAACUAGCAGCUGGUGACCUGAGAUCAGAGACACGGCACCACCAGGCAGAUGUGGACUCGUAUUGUAAAUAAAUAAACAAUAAAAAAUCAUAAUAUAAUUUUUUUUUUUUAAAAGAACAAAACAAAUGAAAAACUGGUGACCUGGGACAUUAGCCAGGCAAAUGUGGACUCGUCCUCCAACAGUGUUUUUAGAAAAACUAAAAAAUAACAUUUAAACAUUGAGAUUUUUUGAAAAAAAAAAUAAAAUAAAGAAAAGGAGAAACGGUCCUCAGCGAUGACGGACUACAAGGACACCACGAACCGCCACCUCCGGCACAAGCUGCAGAGCCUGGCGCGGCGCGUCGACGAGCUGGAGGAGGCGUCCAGCAAGCUGCAGAAGUCCGAGGACGAGCUGCUGGACCUGCAGGACAAGAUCAUCCAGGCCGAGGGGGCCAACUCCGCCCUGCUGGGGGAGGUGGACGCGCUGCGGCGCCGGGUGCUGAAGAUCGAGGGGAAGGACGAGGAGGUGCGCAAGGCCGAGGACCUGUGCCGCCUGGUGCGGGAGAAGCUGGUGGAGGAGGAGGAGCUCACCAGGGAGCUCAAGUCCGACAUCGAGCGUCUGCAGGGCCGCAUGGCCGAGCUGGAGAAGCUGGAGGAGGCCUUCGGGAGGAGCAAGUCGGACUGCACCCAGCUGUGCCUCAGCCUCAACGAGGAGAAGAACCUCACGCGCAAGCUCUCCUCGGAGCUGGAGGCCCUCAAGGCCCGCGUGAAGGAGGUGGACGCCUCCGAGGGCCGCCUGGACCGGGCGGAGCAGGCCCUGGCGGCGGAGAUGGAGCGGCUGAAGGCCCUGACGCAGGCCUUCGUCGGCGAGCGCAAGUGGCUGCUGGAGAAGCAGCGGGAGGACGGCAAGCUCAUCCGGGAGCUGACGGAGAAGCUGGAGCGCAACAAGCAGCUCAGCGCGGCCGACCAGGGCCGCAACGCCGCCAACCUGCAGACCGGCGACCCGCGGAUCGAGGACGACCUGCCGCCGGGCCUGACCGCCAAGCUGGGCCGCCGCAAGAAGAGCCUGGAGUUCCUGGACGAGGUGGUCGGGGAGCUGCGCCUCGGCAAGCCGGAGAAGGAGAAGAGGGGCCCCGGGGACGGGCAGAAGAAGGAGGAGGAGGACAACAAGGUGAAGGACCUGACCCAGGAGGUGGAGCGGCUGAAGAACCGGCUCAAGCAGCUGGAGCCGGUGGAGGAGGACCUGAAGAAGAGCGACUCCAAGAACGGCGAGCUGCUCGAGAGGUUCCAGCAGGAGAGGAGCCGCAGCAGGGCCCUGAGCGACCAGAUCGAGCAGCUCAAGCUGCAGCUGGGCAUUGGCGGCGGCGGCGGCGGCGGAGGAGGGGGGAAGAUUCUGGAGAACGGCAAGGCGGAGAACGAGGAGAUAAACGUGCGGGGAGGGUUCCGGCAGGAGAAGCCCAAGUUCCGGAGCGGGGCCGCCGAACCCGCCGCCCCCAAGCACAAGGCCCGGGAGCUGUCCCCGACGCACCAGCAGCGGAAGGAGGCCAAGCUGCGGACUAAAGAGCUGAGCCAGUCGGAGGAGAACUCGCCCAAAACGCCACGCCGGGCCGUGAGCCCCGCCCACAAGAGCCGGAGGGGGGUAAAAACCGGGACGGACGCGAAAGAGCGCGGGAAAGGAAUGCUGGAGGAGAAGACGGUCGCCAACGCUUCCGCCGGCGACGGCAAGAAGCCGUCGGUCCUCAGCCGCUACCCGCCAGCCGCCAACGAUCAGAAGCCCUGGAAGGCCUCGGCAGCUUUGACCGCGGCGUCCCUGAAACCCGGCGAGAAGAGCCGGGCGGAGAAGCUCUCGCAGCUCUGUGCGGGCAGCGACAGCGAGUCCAACGGCUCGGACGCGCCGGCGGAGAACCCGGGCAGGGCCGGCGGGGAGCUUGCGGGCGCAUCGCCGCCAGAGACCGACCGGGAGAUCCAGGACCCAGGGCCGGCCGCCGAGGGCCACCUCGCCAAGGCUAACGGAUCGUUCGUGGCCUACAAAUCCCACGUGUCCCCGCACCUGACGUCCGCUGACCUCGGGUCCGAGGGCCACUCCUCGGCCUCGGAGACCGAGUCUACGGGGUCCCGGCGGUCCGCGGGGGAGGCGGAGCCCCUGGCCGGCCAAGAGGGGACCGGAUCGAGCGCCAGACCGGCGGCCACCGCUUCCGCCAAGCACUCCCGGUACGCCCGGCUGCACGACUCGCACUCCGAGGGCUCGUCCGCCCGGAGCUCCUUCGACGAGGAGCGCCCCCCGGCGGCGACGGAGGGAGGGUCCAGCUCUGAGGCCACGCCCACGCACACGCCGUCGGGCAUCGAGAUCCGCCGCGUCUGCAGCCCCCGGGAGGCGCUGCGCUCCAAGGCGGUCAUCAAGCCCGCCAUCGUGGAGAUCGACCGCAAGGAGGUGAUGUCGUCGGGAGGUGGAGCGCCGGAACCCCUGGCCGCCAACGGAAAGCCCAGGAUCUCCACCAAGCCGGCGAUACUGACCUCCGCACCGGGCAAGAUGACCAGCAGCAUCACCAUCUACCCCAAUGACCCGGGCUCCUCCCGGACCAGCAGCCGGAGCUCCAGUGUGUCCAGCGAGCCCCCGUCGUCGUUGUCACGGGAACGACACACCUCCACCAGUAACAUCGUCAUCACCCCCGGCGACCACCACCGCGGCAGCAUCCCCAUUCCCUACGAGAUCUCCAUCCCCAAGGCCGAGAUCACUCUGCUGCCCCCGCAGGAGGACGAGAACAGCGAGGAGGGGGGCGAUGACGCAUCCGUCUCCGUGGAGACUUCCCGCGCGGAGACCCAGCUGGUGUCCCGCAGCAGCCUCACGCUCCGGUCGCUGUCGGAGAACGCCACGACCCCCGACCUGAGCAACGACACGGAGUCCGGGUUCGAGAGCAGCAGCAGCAGCAGCACGACCGCCGCCGGCGGCUGGAGGAGGCAUCGAAACCGACCCUCCUCCUCCUCCUCCUCUUCAGCUCGAGACGACUGCCUGCCCGACAUGCGGAACGUGACGGUCCGGAGCAACUGGCGGAACCGGGGCGGGGCCGUCUCGGUGGACGAGGUGGGGCUGGGGAGGUCAAAGGUCGCCGACUGCUCGGAGGACGAGGCCGAGUCCACCUGGCGGGCGUACAGGGCCACCACGGUCCUGGAUGCGGAGGAGACGGCGACCGCGACGACGGUGACCGCGACAACGGUAACCGCCACCAGGACGGGCAAGCCCAGCCCGGCGGAGGUGUACAUGCAGCGGAUCAACAGCGCCGCCAGCGCCAAGGAGGUCCCCGAACCCGCACGCCGGAGCAAGAGCGCCCUCCCCCCGUCGGAGGGGUACCACAGGAUCAUCCCCCACGAACCCGUCAUCGCCCAGGAGCUGCAACCCUGGAACCGGCCACAGCCCCCGGGACUAGAGGAGACGACUGAGCCACCUCCCGGCUCUUGGAGGAAGCAGUUGCUGACCGACGUGGGGCCCUACGACCGGGCGUCGAAGACGGAGGCGGCCAGCAGGAGGACGGCCUCCAGGCCGGAGCUGUGGGCGGGGCCGGGCGGGGCGUCCGGCAGGGGGCCCGCGGGGCGAAGCGAGGGUCGCGCCGGUGGGUCACGGCCCUGGAGCGCCCGCCAGACCGAAAACUAGUCCCUCCCCUCCACCCUCCUCCCCGCUCCUGCCCCCUCCCCGCCCCUCACAGGCAAGACUUUCCCCAUCUACGAGGAACGUCCGUCCUCAUGAACCUUCCCGACAGAGACGUGACGGUAGCGGCCCAGGCCGGGGCUCUCUCUGGAAGAGCGGGGGGGGUGGGGGGGUCUUCUCGGUGUCCGGACGCCGAGCCGCCAUCCCGCGCUCCAACCCCCCCCCCCUCUCGCUAGCCGCUUGAUGGCGCCUUGCACGAGCCGCUUGACCCCGAAUCGUAUUCUCCUCCAGCGAUAAUCUGCUCGCCAGGCGGACCCCGUACCCCCCCCCCCCCCCAGCGGUGGGAUCUUCUUCUGAUUUGCAUACGCGUUGUAUUAUAUUCCUGAGUCCUGACAAGGGAGAAGCCCGCCCACGGAAGAGGGGGCGGGGCUAUUAGUGGGUGGAGCCACCACUCGUGGGGAUAGGAAAUGGGGCGGAGCCUCGAGUGGGUGGAGCCACAACUUAUGGGCGGAGGAAAUUGGGCGGAGCUACGGGUGGGUGGAGCCACCUCUUGUGGGGAGAUGAAAUGGGGCGGAGCUUCGAGUGGGUGGAGCCGCAACUUAUGGGCGGAGGAAAUGGGGCGGAGCUACGGGUGGGUGGAGCCACAAGUGGGCUGUGGCAGGGAGCUGGCACUGAGUGGGCAGGGCAAGGGGGCGGAGCUAUCAGUAGUUGGAGUGACUGAGGAAGGCAAGGGGCAGGGUUAUGAUUGGGCAGGGCAAAAAAAGGGGCGGAGUUAAGGCGCUUCCACAGUGGGCCACUUCCUUUAUUCCGCCGUUUCAAAUUUUUAACAUUCUUAGGAGAGUCGACGCAUUUGACUAGAAGCAGGGAGCGAAUUACUGUCCAGAAAUGUUUUGGGUUCUUCCGUUUUUUUUAAAAACCGUUGAGUCUUUCCUUGUGUCCUCGCGAUCAUGUUCGAGGGCAAAGGAUCGCCUUACUUAGACCGGUCUGUCUGUCUGUCUGUCUGUGCACUGGGCCACUUUUAAAAGGGUGUGUCCGAGAAAGAGAACUGCGUGGGUGCACAGAUAUAAAAACCACAGUAGAGUACUGUUUCGCAGUUCCACUUCCUUGUUGAAAUGUGUCACUUCAUGUCUGUGAGUACAUUGAAUAUUAACAUUAAAUUUUGAUAUUGUGGCACUCAGUACUGAUUGGCAUUUAUUUUCCUUUUUUUUUUAGUACAGUAAUAAGCAGGCUUGUGCCUCUCUGUCACCAGAGGACUGGCUGAACAGGAGGCGCUACCUGAGUCCGUUAGGGAGACUGCAGGGACACCUGUAGACUGAUAAACCUGUGACUAUAAACUUCUGCACAAACGAUGUCGAUGCACAAGCUGUGCUCAGUAUUUACUUAACGCUCCACAAUAAUGCACGGCAUAGAUCGCAAGCAAUAUCCAAUCACAGGCAAUGAUGACCAUUGUGGCUUCAUGUGUGUGUAUGUGCAAGCACACACGUGCGUGUGUGUGCGUGCGUGCAUGCGUGUGUGUGUGCAUGCGCGUGUGUGUGCGUGCGUGCAUGCAUGUGCGUGUGUGUGUGUGUGUGCAUGCGUGUGUGUGCGUGUGUGUGUGCGUGUGUGUGUGCAUGCGUGUGUGUGUGCUUGUGUGUGUGUUUUCUUUCUCAGUAAUUCGCUCCCUGCUCUGUCAUCUUCGGACACUGUGCGUAGAAGUGUUAGCCUACUCUUCUCCUCAUAAGGAGAUUGCUCUGUUGGGAUUGGAGGACAACUAUUUUUCAUUCUUAUUUUUCUUUGUCCUCCCACCACGCUUUGCUCUGUAAUUUCUCAAGAACUGAAGAGGAGUAAGAAGAGGAAGGUUGCACUUGCCUUACUCACCCCCAACACCCCCCCCCCCUCCCCCCUCGCCCCACCCCUUCCUCACACACACCUAAGAUGGUGCUCGUCAUGACCGGUGUGCUCAUGUUCGGAACGUGCCGGAACUCCCAGCGCCCUGGUCGCACGCUCCCUGGAGCGCGUGCCGCACGCCGUGGUCGGGCAGCCUGGCAUCGCACUGGCGGCGGGAAAAUCGGCCGCCGUCCGGAGACCGGCAGUACCCUUACUGACGGACGGAGUGACUCCCCGGCCGAGGGUCGGGAAGAGGGGGUGGGGGGGGGGUUUGGGGUUUGGGGUUUGGGGGGUUGGGUUGGGUCGACCGUAGCGAAGGUGCGGGGUCGCAAGCUGACUGGGUUCGCAGUGCGAAUCGCCUUGUUUCGAUUCUUUUUUUUGUUUGUUGUUUUUCUUUUUUUUUUCUUCCUCGUUUUCUAUUUUAAUCUCGUUUUGUUUUCUAAAUUAAUAUUUGAACCUCCGGGGUGGGCGAGCGAGUGAAGUGGCAGUUAAGCGUAUUCAGAGGACGUCUCCAUGGAUGUCGGUCAUCCGUUGCCAUGACGAUGAGGAAGGGGUAGGGGGUUGAUGGAGUAUGGGGUGAGUACACAAAGGUUGUUAUGGCAACUGUCUCUUCAGUCCAGUCGUUGGGGGCGGGGGCUUGUGAACACCAGCUUCCACAUUCCCGAGGAUAACUUUGAACUUUGACCUCUGAACUCUGUGGUCAGACUGGUGGCAUGUUUGCCUUCCGGUUGCUUUGAGCGUCGCGGUCGGACCGUUCUCUGUCCCGCGUGGGGGAAGGGGGGGGGGGGGUGUGGCCAAACGAAGAGACGCUGUCAUUCCUGUCAGAGCCCGUCAUCUUUACUGUGUCCUGAUUCAAAAACAAAUACAAAAAAAAACAAAUACAAAAAAAAAGCAAUGUGUACAGAACAAUGUGACCACGGUAGCAUUUCAACGUGACAGAAUUCCACCC